AGCGAGGGUUGGAACUCGAAUAUUUUUAUUAUUAAAUCACAUCGAGUAUAUUAACAAUGGCGAUGUGUUAUCAAAAACAUCCCUUUGAAAUAGAAACAGAAGAUCGACUCACUACUAUCAACACUAAAAUAUUUGAGAUUAAAAAGAAAAUACAACUAUCAGAGGGCCAAAGAAAAUCAAAUUUUGAAGAAAAUGAAGCAGAGAAACAGCAGAACAAUGACUUAAUAGACACUUUGAAGAAAGAAAUCAAGUUGAGACUGACAGAGCUGGCGCAGGCUAGAGCUGUGAUCGGGGAAGAUGAGGUGCAGAUCAAGAAGUACUUGAAUGAAGUCUGUCCUAUGGGAGACAAGAGUGCUGACAAGAUAAUACACAAUCUAGAUCUGAAAGUGACAGAGCAGAGGAAGAUGCUAGACUUACUCAAAUAUGAGAAGAGAAAUAAGAAGAAGAAACUAGCAGAAAUGGAGAAGGAGUACGAAUAUCUACUGAUUGAGAACAACAAGGGACAACUUGUUAAGUCUAAAAACAAUAGUAAAGCUAGAAAGCAUGUUUCGCACUUAGAAAAUGAGAUCCACAAAGUUCUAAUCCAGUGGACGGAAGCUGAACUGGUGAAGAAGAAAUACAUAUAUAUUAGACAAGCACUUUUAGAUGAUUCAGUCAAAUUCGAAAGUUCGCUAACACACAUUGAAGAUCUGCUGAAGAAACAGAAAGAAGAAAUAAUGAAAUUAGAGCGUAUUCGCGAGGAAGCAGGAGAGAUGCGUGUACGCGCAACAGCAGCUACGGCGGCUGAAGCGGCGCGGGCGCAUGACGCAGAACAUGCAAGAGCUGCAGAACGAGCUUACUUCGCGCAGAGAUUCGCUGAGAGAAAACGGGAGUUGGAGAAAUUAGAGAAGAGAGUGUUUCCUCCACAAGCCCGACCAGUGGUACGUCAAGAGUCGACGAGAUCCACAGAGGGUGAGACAGUUCCCGAAGAAAUAUCAGCAUCGCAGCAGAUGGAGAACAUCUUCCAGAGGCUGAUGAAGCUGACCGGAGUGACAGACGCUGAAGAGGUAUUCGACAGGUUCCGUGCCCAGCGCGACACCUCCCAGCGCCUCAGCUACCUGCAGCAGACUACGGAGGAAGAGAAACUGGAGUUGGAACAGACACAAGCCACCAUGAUGGCGGAGUUGGAAGCGUUCAAGUUCGCUUCUGUCAAGGAUAAAGAUGAAGCUCAAGACCAAAUAACAGCAUUGAAAGAGGAGAUAGCAGAAGAGAAUGCAAUCUACGAGGAGUUGGAGAAGCAUAUGGACGAGCUGGAGACGCUGCUGCUGGAGAUCAAGAGGCUGCUGUACGAGCUGUGCAAGCUGCUUGAUAUUAUCCCAGAGCCCAGCAUGCCAGAAUGGACAGCAGAGGCCAGAGACGUGCAGGAGCUGGUGACGGUGCUGACCACGCGCUACGAGAAGGCCAGGGCCAAGGCUGAGGAUAUCAAGGAGAAACAAAAGGAUACCACCAUCAUCAUGGUGCCGUCUACUCCUGCCAGUGCAGCGCCUUCAGUAGCGGGGCUGAGUGGGAGUCAGAGCACACCGAAGGAGUCAGAAAAACACGUGCCCACAUACAAGGAACUACUGCAGAAAGAACCAGUCAAGGCUCAGACUUCAGAAGACGAAGAAGACAUACCAUCACGGUGCUACUUGAAGAGACAGGCGCAACUAAUUGUCGACACUAAAUGCAGGAGGAAAGGGUUUAGAGUCCCUUACCCUAGAAAAUAAACAAACUUGUAGUGGUACAUAUAAGAUAAGAUUAAGA